GACGGGCUGACUGCUCGCUGCUGCGCUCCGCUCGGUAGUGACCGUUCACGGAGCUGGGAGCUGGUUAAAAAAAAAAGAUUAAGUCAAGCGACACAGAACGACACAAAACACCACUUCCUAUUUUCAAAAUAGUUAUUUUCCUCCUCCGCCCGCCCUCUCGUUCAAGUUUGUCCCUCUGCGCGAUCCGUUUGUCGUCCGAAGAGAGGAGGAAAAAAAAAAGAAAAAGAAAAAGGCGAGGACCGAGAGCGACGCUUGCAGCUGAUGUACCGCUGGCUCAGAAAUGGAGGGCGACACCACUGUCCGGAGAGUAAAACCCUUCGGGACUCAACAAUAUGUUACUCAGGAUAAUAACGGAGCCCAGGACCGCUGCGAGAAUAACGGCUACAACGGUGAGCCGAAGAGGAAGCCCGAAGUGAACCUUUACCUGCUGCGGGAAGGGCUCGCAGCUUCUCUGGUCUCUGUAUUUAUUUUGGUGCUGUGGGCACUCGUUCACUUGUCUUUGCAGCAGCUUGUCAUAGGAAAACCGACGGGCGAGUUCAACGCAGUGAGAGCCAGGCAGCACUUGGAGCAGAUAACUAGUGCUGGCCCUCGGCCUGUGGGCAGCCAGGAGAAUGAGGUCCUGACAGUGGGAUACCUGUUGAAGCAAAUCGAGGACAUCCAGGUCGAGACUGCCGCAGGGCCUCAUCAACUCACGAUUGAUAUUCAGCGUCCCACUGGGACCUUCUCUAUUGAUUUCCUUGGAGGCUUCACUAGCUUCUAUGAUCACAUCACCAACAUUGCCGUUAGGCUGGAGCCCAAGGGUGGCGCGCAGCACCUCAUGCUCGCUAACUGCCACUUUGACACAGUGGCCAACAGUCCAGGUGCCAGUGAUGAUGCAGUGAGCUGUGCAGUGAUGCUGGAAGUCCUCCAUUCUCUGGCCAACCAGUCAACUCCUCUUAACCACGGCGUCAUCUUCCUGUUUAACGGGGCAGAGGAAAAUGUACUGCAGGCCAGUCAUGGUUUCAUUACCCAGCACCCAUGGGCCAAGCAGGUGCGAGCCUUCAUUAAUUUGGAGGCUGCAGGUGUUGGUGGCAAGGAGGUUGUUUUCCAGACAGGUCCAGAGAACCCGUGGCUGGUCCAAGCCUAUGUGCAUGCAGCCAAACACCCCUUCGCCUCUGUGGUCGGCCAGGAGGUCUUUCAGAGCGGUGUCAUUCCCUCUGACACGGACUUCCGCAUAUUUAGGGACUUUGGUAACAUCCCCGGCAUUGAUCUGGCUUUCAUUGAAAACGGCUUCAUCUACCACACCAAGUACGACACAGCUAACAGGAUCCUAACAGACUCGAUACAGAGAGCGGGUGACAACAUCCUGGCCGUUCUGAAGUAUCUGGCAAUGUCAGAAAAGUUGGCUGAUUCCUCAGAGUACCGCCAUGGCAAUAUGGUGUUUUUUGACCUGCUUGGUGUAAUUGUAGUAGCUUACCCAGCCCGUGUUGGCACUAUCCUCAACUACAUGGUGGCCACAGCUACUUUCCUCUACCUGGCCAAGAAAGCCUCAAUGCCUGGCCAUGGAGGUGGGCGCUAUGUUCGAGACCUGGCCUGUGCCACCGGUGUAGCAUUGCUCAGCUGGUUUGUCACCCUGUUGUCGGUGCUGAUUGUGGCCCUGCUUGUCACUCUGUUGGGCCGCUCCAUGUUUUGGUACAACCAUUUCUAUGCCUCAGUCUGCCUGUAUGGAGCUGCAGCCACCGGCAAGAUGAUACUCAUACACACACUGGCCAAGAACCUGUACUACGGGGGCGUCCGCCUGGUAGAGCUGGGUGACCUUUACUUUGAUGUGAGCUUGCUGCUGUGGUGCUGCAGCCUGGUGUGGUUGACCCAACAUGGCCUGUGUUCGGCCUACGUGCCCAUGCUAAUGGUGGCUUUCCCCCUGGCCACCAGACUGCUGCUGGCAAAAGAAUUCAAACACAGAGGAGCAUCAGCGAAGUACUGCGUGCUGUACCUGCUGGGCCUGGCGUUGCCAUAUGUGCACUUCAUGUUUCUCAUCUGGGUGGUGUUUGAGAUUUUCACUCCCAUCAUGGGGCGCAGUGGCACAGAGAUACCCCCCGAGGUGGUGCUGGCGUCCUUAGUCACUCUGGCAACUAUCUUCCUCUCCUCCUUUUUUCUGCAUUUUAUCUACUUGGUGCGGAGCACUAAGCGGAUCAUGGCAGGUCUUGGGUUCGUCUUCACCAUCAUGUUCCUGUUGGUGUCCUGUGGCCUCUUCUUUCCUUAUUCAGGCGAUCUAGACAGCCCGCGGCCAAAGAGAGUUUUCCUGCAGCAUACAACACGGACCUUCCACAAUCUCCAGGGCCAGGUGGAGAGCCGAGACUCGGGUCUGUGGAUAAACAGCUUUGACUACACUGGCAUACAGCACAUCACACCCCACAUCCCCGAGAUCAACGAAACGGUUCGGACCCGCUGCAGAGAGGACCGACCUUUCUGUGGUUACCCCUGGUUCCUGCCCGUCAAGUUCCUCAGCAGGAAGAACUGGUACAUCCCCGCUCCGGAAGUGUCUCCGAGCUCUCCAGUGGAGUUCAGCCUGCUGUCCAAAGAGGAGACGAGCUGGGGAACGAUCAAGAUGACAUUCAGUGCGAAAGGCCCGAGCCACAUGUCUUUGUAUCUGAUGCCUCAUCGAGGAGCCAGCCUCUCCACCUGGUCCUUUGGUGACGGGACGCCUCGAUUUGACCUGAGCGGAGAGUAUUUUGUUUUCUAUUCACACGGCCUUGACGCCCCCACAUGGACCUUCUGGUUUGAAAUACAGCCUCCCGCAGACCCUGACCCAUCUGGCCCCGAGGGGAUCAUCUCAGUCGCCAUCUCUUCCCACUAUUUCUUUGGGAAAGACCAGAGGACUGCUCAGUUGGAGGAAAUGCUUCACAGGUUCCCCACGUGGGCUUUUCCCUCAUCCUGGGUCAGUACCUAUGACAUGUACCGAUACUGAGGAUGUCACACAUCCCACGAGGCUGCUGCUGAGGAGAGCUUAGGCCCACAGGGCUCCAAGAGACAGAUGUAGAAGAGAUUACAAGGAACAAUACGGAGGAGUGACCCCCGCUGCCUUUUCACUCAAACUGUAACACACACAACACACACGAGCUCCGCCCCAGCCAGCCUGAGAGACCCCCACCACUGUGUCAGUAGGCACUGUAGUUAACCAAGGAGAGAUGCUUGGUGCUGUGCUCACUCCUGGGUUAGUGAAAGGAAGGGGUUAGUUUUUUUUUCUUUUCUGUUCUCUACUCGGUGGAUCGUGCCUUUUGCUUUACUCGCUGUAACUCGCUUUUCCUUUUGCUCACGUCCACCCCCGCUCUUCCUCACUAACGCCAGCGCUCCUCCUGAACGACUAACAUCACACGGCUACCUCCACUGCUCUUUAUCAGCAAAACCAUUCUGGCCAUUGUCAUAUUAAAUGUGUCACUACCAACUACUCCGUGCAUCGUAGGGUGCAAUAACGCAUGAUUCAUGAGUUCCUGUUUCUCUUCUCUGAAUUGAACUGGAUACUUUGAAAGUCACCUUUCAUUAACCUGCACUUGUGUUAAUAGUUUUUGAUUUACUGACAUGCCCUUCUUUACUAAGACCACUCAUUUAUUUUUUAAAAUUUUCUUUGGAGCCACGUGUUUUAACGAGGAAUGUAACACCCGCUUAAACUGUCAGAGGACAUGGCGUGCAGACAGAAAACUGUGUUAAAUGAAAACAGAUGGCUGAAUUCAAGCUGUUCUGGAAAUGGUGGUUAAAUCUGGAGGGUAGUGUAAUUUCACCUGACGUGUUUAUGCAGUUUAAUUUUGUUUUGGGGUUUGAAAUUGUUCAGGAUGAUCGCCCCCGUGAAUCCACAGGGGGUGUACCUUUGCAUCCGUUUCACAUUUGUUCUUACUGUAGUAAUAACUGCACUUUUUUUUUUUUUUUGUAAAGAGAGGAAAAAAGUAAAACUUGACUAUGCUUCGAGCCGUCUCCAGCAGCAACUUUAACAAAUCUUUUGCUUCACAAACAAAAGCAGAGCUGUAAUUUUUUUUUUCCGCUGCUCCCGGAGUUUCAAAUGUGAUCCUCUGCUUUUGUUUAUUGCAUUUGUAAGUAAAAGAAAUGCCUUCUGGGGUUUUUGGACAAUUUAAAGCGUCUGAAAACGUCGGGAAUCUGGGAUGGGCUUUUAUUCCUACUUUUUGAUUUUCCCUUUCUUGAAUGUAAUAUCUGUGACGCUGCUGGAGAGGGCUCAGUUUUAUUUGUGCUGUUGUUUUGUCCGUAGCUCACAUACACAGUCCGCUUCACAUGGUGCCACCACUACCUCCAGACUGAUCAAACUCAACACAGAGAUAACAGUUUCAGAUUGAAUGUUACUGUUGGGAAGCUUUAGAGGAGAUUUAGCUAACAAAAGUUAACUAAUGUUGGAAAGAGAGAUUAUUUAAAUGGUUUAUAAAGCGUCACCAUGCUUAUCUGUGGGCUACAUCCGUUUAUAGAUGUCCACAUAUCUGCGUUUUCAGAAAGUCUGACUUCCCUGCCUCCCUGAGUUUGACUCAUCAUUAAAGGAGUCAAAGGUGGAAUCAGGUUGUUGACUAAUGAAGCAAAAGUCUUUUGUCCACCUCGAGUCUACCCAGCGAGGCGUCACCGUGAACCAUGUUGUCCGUUUGCCACAAAACGAGAAAUCACAAUGAAAGGAGGCCUUAAAGUUUUGCUUCCAAAGAUGCACAAAACGUUUACUGUUGUGCACACAAACAUCUCAGUGGUCUUAAAAGCUAUCAAGUGCCACACUGCGAAGCGUUUUCAUGCCCGUGGAUUGUUAACAUCCAUCACAGCCUUCAGCAGAUUGUCCCACUGUGUUUUUGGGUUUUUUUAUGCUCCACAUAAGCAAAACUAAAAGUCAAACAAUUUUAAAGCUAUAACAUUCCUAUUAAGCCACUCUGUAGCUAUUCUGGAGUUAUAUCUCAGCACGUGAGUGGAGUUUGUGUUCGUGCCGCCUCACAGGUCAGAUCAAAUGAUAAGAGGAUCCUUUUUACUGGUUUCAUAGCAGUGAAAAAAAUUUCAGUCUCAACUUUGACGACAGGCACUUGAAGCGCUUCGACUCCACCUGCUGAGGAAGCCCGUGUGAUGCAGGCUAAAGCGCCUGCUUGGACUUUUUCACCUUAUCAGCUGAUUCCUGCAAAGAUCCACCAGACCUCAGUGCUCCUUCAAAAGGACAAAUAUUUAAUAAAAUUAGAUUUUUGAAGUACUUUUUGCUUUCACUAAAGUACCAUGCCUAUUUGUUUUUUUGCCAUUUACCUCAUGAUAACAUGCAUCACCUCACCCCUCUAAUGAGUAAAGACAUGACAUGCUGUUCAUGUUUCAGGUGUCUGCAGUUUGAUUUGAGUGCGGCACUAAAACCUGGAAAAAAAAAAAAAAGUCCAGUCCUUUCUGAUCUGUUCACUGACGGCUGACUCUGUACUUGAUCCUGCUGCUCCAGACUGAAAGAUGGAUUUGUUUUCUUUACUAAGACCAGUAAAAAGUCUCAUUUUGUCCUUAGGUGUAAGAUCCUUUAAGGGACAUAAGGAGGUUGCAGGUACCGCUGUAAUAGAGUGGGGGAAGGCUGAGAAAUGGCUCACCCUACACUGCUGUUGCUCCCCCUGUUCGAGAGCUUCAUACACACUCCUUUUCAGAUGUGAGUGAUUUGAAUUUACUAUGCGUUACUAAUGUGUUAGUGUGAGCUAGUGUAGGCUGAGAGGCUGACCGGGCACUGCACUGAACGUUUCUGUGUUCAGACUUUGAACUUUAUCUUCAUCACACAUAACGGUCUAGUUAAGUCCAUUUCAAGUCAAGAAAUACGUUCUUUAACUGUGGGAUACUUUUAAAUGUCUUAAUGUCAUAUCUAAAAAUAUUACAUUUACAUUUUGGGGAUUUUCUUUAAAUUGACCUUUCAUCCACAUCUGUAACUGUUAGUUUUGUUCUCACUUUGAUUUCUAACAAGACUAAUUUCCUUUUUUUGUGAUCGUCACAUAACCGUUAACAGUUUUUCUUUAAAUACAUCUUUGUUUCCUUAGUUGGAACUGUUGACUGUUGUGCUUUGGAUUAUUGGGUCUGUUAACAGGGUAUCCAUGUAUUGGAUUUACGGGAUGAUUUUACAUUAUGCAAAAAGUUUGAAUUAAUUUAACACUUGUACAGCAAUUAAAAAGCUUCUUACGUUUAA